GCGCGGCGCCGAACAUGGCGGUGUACGCAGCAGCGGCGGCCGUCCUGGCGGGCGUGGAGACCCGUCAGGGCUCCAUCAAGGGGCUGGUGUACGCCAGCCGUUUCCAGAACGUGAAGCAGCUGUACGCGUUGGUGUGCGAGACGCAGCGCUACUCCGCCGUGCUGGACGCGGUCAUCGCCAGCGCCGGCCUCCUCCGCGCCGAGAAGAAGCUGCGGCCGCACCUGGCCAAGGUACUCGUGUAUGAACUGUUGCUGGGCAGAGGUUUUAAAGGGGGUGCGGGCAGAUGGAAGCCUGUGCUGGACCGGCACCAGGCCAGACUGAAGGCGGAGUUGGCCCGGCUCAAGGUUCGUCGAGGUGUGAGCCGGAACGAGGACCUGCUGGACUCCGGAUGCAAGCCUGGCCCAGCCUCCCAGGUGCCUCGAUUUGUGCGGGUCAACACCCUCAAGACCUGCGCUGAUGAUGUCAUUGAUUAUUUCAAGAGACAAGGUUUUUCCUACCAAGGUCGGGCCUCCAGCCUCGAGGAACUGAGGGUGCUCAAAGGGAAGAGUUUUCUUCUGGAUCCCUUGUUGUCAGAGCUGCUUGUGUUCCCUGCCCAGACAGAUCUGCAUGAACAUCCCCUAUACCAAGCUGGUCACCUCAUCCUACAAGAUAAAGCCAGCUGUCUCCCAGCCAUGCUGCUGGCUCCCACACCAGGCUCUCAUGUCAUAGAUGCCUGUGCUGCCCCCGGCAAUAAGACCAGUCACUUGGCUGCUCUUCUGAAGAACCAAGGGAAAAUCUUUGCCUUUGACCUGGAUGCCAAGAGGCUGGCCUCUAUGGCUACUUUGCUGGCCCGGGCUGGAGUCUCUUGCUGUGAGCUGGCGGAGAAAGACUUCCUGGCAGUUUCACCAUCAGACCAGCAGUAUUGCCAGGUCCAGUACAUCUUGCUGGAUCCUUCUUGUAGUGGCUCUGGUAUGUUGACCAGACAGCUAGAAGAGCCCGGGGCUGGCGUACCUAGCAAGGAACGUUUGCAGGCUCUUGCGGGAUUCCAGCAGCGAGCUCUCUGCCAUGCGCUCACUUUCCCCGCCCUGCAGCGCCUGGUCUACUCCACAUGUUCCCUUUGCCAAGAGGAGAAUGAAGAUGUGGUGCGAGACGCGCUGCAGCAGUGCCAGGGCAGCUUCAGGCUUGCUCCCGUCCUACCCUCCUGGCCCCACCGAGGCCUCAGCACUUUUCAGGGUGCCGAACACUGCCUCCGCGCCACCCCUGAGACCACAGUCACUGGUGGCUUCUUCGUUGCUGUAUUUGAGCGGGUAGAGGCGCCAAGUUCAGUCUUAGUGACCGAAGCCUUGCCACUGCCAGAGCCUAGACCCAGCCCCGUCCCAAAGAGAAAGAGGCGGCGGCGAAAAGAUGCGGCCACUCCUAACACACUGCCUUGCACGUAGCAGGACAGAAACUGGUCAUCUUGGCUUUCCAGCUGGAAAAACAGUGGAUUGCUUUGCCUCCCUUCCUUGGGCUGUGUUCUUGCUG